GCUCAUCAUCUUUGGUUACUGUAACAUGUCGUUUAAUGAAGAUUCCAAAAACUGGCUUGCUUUGCAGACUCCACGAGGAUGAACUAAAUUCUUCUGCUCAACUCCACUCCAGGGCCACCGCUGUAUUGUUUCAAAGGGAAGCACUUCCUUUUCUUUUGUUAUUUUUUGUUAUUGUUUUGUUAUUUUUUUUUCCCUUCACGCUCUCAGAGGCCCAUUUUUCAGCCCUCAUUCCAAAAAGCGUUCCCACCGGAGCCCUCACAGACGAGGUAGGGGACCGCAGCAAGCACGAGACUAGCGGGAAGCCGUUCCUUGUUCCAGGAUGCUGCCCGUGGUCUGACCGGAGAGCAGCUGGCACCGAGAGGAGCCGCCCCCAUCACUCUCACAGCCGCAGCAGCGACAACUCCGCCUAACGGUUGCGGCGCGCGCCGCACUAACGAACGGCGGCUCUCGAACGCGCAUGCGCACCCGCCGCGGCUAUGCUGGUGGCGCGUGCGCCGUAUCCGAUUAAAGAACAGAAAGUUGUAGUUGAUGAGCUUUCUAAUUUGAAGAAGAACAGGAAAGUUUAUAAGCAGCAACCCAAUAGCAAUAUAUUCUUCCUUGUAGACCGAACAGAAACAUUGUCUCAAUGCAAAAAUACAUUAGAUCAAUUAAAGAAAGCACAUCAAGAGUUGGAAAAUUCAGAGAAGACUAAAGUCAAGAAAUAAUCCAUCUGAAUUCAAAGUCGCCAUGUGUGGUAUUUGUUGUGUUGUUGCCUUGUCUAGCCAGCAUUCUAUUCACGAUUACUUUAAUGAAGAUGUGCACUGCCGUCUUAGAAGAAGAGGACCAGACAGUAGCCAGCAGUUGAUAAAAAGUGUAUGUGAGCCAUCCUAUGAGUGUCUUUUUUCUGGUCACGUGCUUCACCUAAGGGGACUGAUGACUCCUCAGCCUCUGGAAGAUGUCAAUAACAAUAUUUUUCUUUGGAAUGGAGAAAUUUUCAAUGGAGUGCACGUAGGAGAUUCAGAGAACGACACUGAAGUUAUGUUUCGUCAUCUUGCACUAUGCAGUAGUGAAGCUGACAUUUUAUCACUCUUUUCAUCACUUCGGGGUCCGUGGUCUUUUAUUUAUUAUCAAGCAUCUCAACACAGCUUAUGGUUUGGUAGAGAUUAUUUUGGUCGUCGUAGUUUGCUUUGGCAAUUCAGUAAUGUGAGCGAUAGUGCUUUCUGUCUCACAUCUGUAAGUGUGAAUGUGGAAUCCUGUAACCAGUGUCAAGAAGUCCCAGCAUCUGGAAUUUUCAGAAUUGAUCUCAGAGAUUGCGCGACAACUAAAUCAUUGUCUUUAACUCUGUUUCCAUGGAAGUACAGUUGCACAGAGGAAACAGAAGAAGAAAUAUUUGUUGAUGUUCUGGAUCAAGUUUCAAAAUACUUACCCAAUCACAUCUCUCUUGUGGUGAAUGAAUCAAAACUAUGUCUCAGAGCACCAGUAAUCCCCUUAAAUAGAACAAUUUCUGAAGCCUCAGCUGAGCGUGCAAGCACUGAUAGUAGCAACACUAGCCCCGUGGUUUCCAUAGAAACUCUUCAGGGAUAUCUUGUAGAGGAGCACAAGAAAAAACUAGUCCAUCAGUUUAUUGAUGUUUUAGAUGAAGCGGUAAAGAGACGAGUUUUAUUACUCUUUAGAGAUGAAGAUCAGAGAACAAAAGAAGUUCAAGGAGUUUCUCACAGGAAGGCUCAUGUUGCAGUGCUCUUUUCUGGUGGCAUUGAUUCUAUGGUUAUUGCAGCCCUUGCUGAUCGACAUGUUCCUUUGGAGGAACCAAUUGAUCUUCUCAACGUAGCUUUCAUGACAAAAGAACAAACAAAGCAAACAGGUACCACUAAAAACAGUAUCAACCAGGAAAUGCAGCUUGAUUUGCAUUGUGGUCAAGAAAAUCAUAAAGAUCUUGGUGCUAAAAUUGGUGAUCAUUUAUCUUGCUUUGAUGUUCCUGACAGAAUUACUGGUAGGGCAGGACUGAAAGAACUAGAAGCCCUUAACCCUUCAAGAACCUGGAACUUUGUGGAAAUUAAUGUUACACUAAAGGAAUUGAAAGAAAUGAGACGACAAUGCAUUACUCACUUAAUUUAUCCACUGGAUACAGUCUUGGAUGACAGCAUUGGCUGUGCAAUCUGGUUUGCGUCCAGAGGAGAGGGUUAUAUUAGUAAACAAGGAGAAAUGAAACCAUAUAAAAGUCCUGCAAAGGUUGUGCUUACAGGAAUUGGAGCAGAUGAACAGCUUGCUGGGUAUUCCCGACAUCGUGUCUGCUUCAGAAAAUAUGGCCCAGAAGGUCUGAAUAAAGAACUUGAAAUGGAGUUAGGUCGCAUUUCUUCUAGAAAUCUUGGUAGAGAUGACAGGAUUAUUGGUGAUCAUGGAAAAGAAGCCAGGUUUCCUUUUAUUGAUGAAGAUGUUGUUUCGUUCCUCAAUUCACUGCCUAUCUCAGAAAAAGCAGACUUGACUUUACCUCGAGGAAUUGGUGAGAAACUGAUUCUGCGCCUUGGAGCCAAGGAACUUGGCCUUAAAGCUUCAAGCAUUUUGCCAAAAAGGGCUGUACAGUUUGGAUCUCGGAUUGCAAAACUGGAGAGCAACAAUGAAAAAGCAUACCACACAUGCAGCAGACUAAAGUUAUUUUAGUAGAUGAAUUAUAAAGCUAUAUCUUAUUAUUUAUACUAUAUGUAAAUUUAGUAAAUCUUUGGGAUUUUUUUAAAACGUUUGGUUGGUUUGGUUUUUUUGGGCAUUAUUAUAGUUAUCCGAAUAAUACACGUAGAUGUGUACUUGUACUAGACAGAUUAUGAAUGCAUCCUUAGGGGAGAAGGGAAUGCUGGUCUCUGUGGAAUAGAGAAUAGCCACAGGCUGGCUGGCAUUUCUUCUCCCCCUUCCUAAGCAAAGCGCAUACUGAAUCCUCCAGUCUGUGAGAUUAUGGUUUUAGAAGGGAGAGUGCACUGAGGAGCAGACCUGGAUUGCUGGGGCCACUGAGAGCUGAGGGUCUUGGGCCGCACUGCCUCUUGGGAGCUGCCCUCUGUGCAUGGCACUUAGACUUUUGUUAUUUGAGAAACACACUGCCUUGCCUCGGCUACUGGGAGCUGCUCCAUGUGGACUGUGCUCCAGGGCUGGGUUGGUUGGUGGCCCCAGGACUAAGGCACUCUCUGGGAUGAUCUCUGCAAUAUCUUCUUUGUCCUUCAUUGGUCCCCCUGUCAUCUUGCUUCUCCUUUUAGCUUGAGCUCUGCUGCUUCUACAGCUACAAGGCAUCCUUUGUGUAGUUCAGAGAAGAUCUCUUUGACAGAAAACAAAUGCAAAAGAUCUAGCUUAAAAAAAAAAAAUCACCUGGGCUUUGUAUCUGGAUGUAAUCAUAGGGUUGAAAUAGAAGAACUCAUACCAGCAUAAAAUCUAGUUUUGUGCGAAGCAUUACAUAGCUGUUUCUACAAAUAAUCUGUUGUAAUGGUGCAAAUGGAAUUUUGCAAUAAUUUGGGACUGUGGAGAAUUAUUACAAAAGCUUCAGUUUCAGAAUGGUUCACAGCAUUGGCAGUUUUCUGGUGCUCUGAGGAAAAUUGACUUCCAUGUACAUUACCUUUGAUAUUGGCAAGAUUUAUUCCAUCACCCCUCUAAAGCAGGUAGAGGUUGCACCAAAGGACCAUUAAUCUGACUAAAUGUGAACAUAAUUUGUUAACUCCAUAGUAGUGUUAUGGUACUCCUAGAAGUUGUGUCUUACCUAGGAUUCCUAGAAAAAGAAGUUGUGCAUUUUAUUCACAGGCCAGUAGUUUCUUUUGUAAAAUGCAAGUUUCUUUUAAUUUUUUGAAAUACAUAGGUACAUGAGAAAUAAUUUUGUAAGAGUUCCGGAUAGUUAUAGAUAUUAGCCUUAAAAAGAAACCAUGAGUAGUGGAACUGCUAAGUCAUGGCUUGAAGCAGUGACUGAGCACCUGGUGGGAAAGCAGGGCCAACCCAGGGGAGCGCAGGUGUAAGCAAUACGCCUGAGUGAGCAGAAGGGCUGGAGCCAGGAUCCACCCAUUCCCAGACUUAAUUUAAGGGUUGGCAGGGGAGGCAAGAGUAUUUCACUGGAGAUCCCUGUGUGCUUCUGAAGGUUACUAGCUCCUUUCUCUUAUUUCUGUGCUUACUGCUGUUGGGUUUGAGCAAAUCCUCACUCCCUGCCGCCUGGGAUCUUGCUGCACUUUCUAUCAUGUUGCAUCAUGCAAUUUUGUUUUAGUUGUUUUUUGUUUCUUGUUUAACCUGUUACUUACAAGCGAUGAAUUCAUCAUUAUUUCUAAAAGUACAGUUAUUAUUAUUUAUAGCUUCUUAGCCAAAUAUUUGUUUCCGUAAGGGGAAAAAAUAACUAUUUAAUAUUUGACAUUGAAAUUGUACUGCAUUUUAAAUACUGGAGAAUAUUCUUGAAGAAUAUUCAGGCCUGACAUAGAGCUGAACAAGCUGAUGAGGCAAUCUAGUUGUCAAACUCAACAGCACAGAAAAAUGCUUGUGCCCUGUUCACAAUGACAACAACAAGCAGCAUGACUUUAUAGCAUGUCCCCUAGUUGGCUGGCUUCAAGUGGAGACAAAAUGCUACCGUGUAGAGCUUCCCUCCGAACUGCUGGGCCAGCUAAGAGAAAAAAGUACAUUCCCUGACAGCAUCAUUGCUAGUACUGGUGGAUUCAGGUAUGCCCUUCUAAGAUUAAGAAACCCAUUAGACAUUUGAGAGAUGAUAGCUGGUGGAAUUUGCUGGCUAAUCCCUCCAGCUGUUUACAUCUGAAAUAUCACAGCAAUUGUCAGUUUCCUCCAGCUUACAUUGAUACAAAAAUGGGACACAUAUUAAUCAGGACUGAAUACAUAGUGGAAGUAUGAGGCAUACAUACCCCAAGAGAAGCAUAUUGGGUUCUUUGUUGUUUUUAUCAGUGUUCCAGUUGUAUUAACAACUGUACAACUCAAACAUAUUUAAUGAAGAUAAAACUUAAUGAUGGAUUUUGUGCUUAUUGAAUUUGUUUAAAAACAGAAUGACUCGUGAGAUGACAUAAACUGAUUAUGUUCUAUGCAUUGUAUCAAUAUCCUUAUGGUUAGCAUGGGGUGAAGACAAGGCAUAUCUAUUUGUGUAUAUGCUAGCAGUGCAGGGCUGCAAGGUAUCUCUACAGGUCAGCUAGUCUGACUAUCUAGAUGAAGUGUUUGCAGAGCAUUCCUCACAAUUACUUUACUUCCUAACACCCAGUGAUUGAGGAACCUAUUACUUUAACUAUCUUUUCUUCUACAUGUGAAAGAAUAGAUUGCUAGACUUACCAUUUCUGUAUGUUCUGUUAUUUUUCGGUAUGUUUGUCAUACCUCUUCAGCUUCAAAUUCUGUUCGCAAAAUAUGGAUAAGCCUUGUGCAACUGCUAGUAAAUCAUGCAUUGUUCGUUCUCUAUUUUUCCAAUGUGAGGUCUGUAUUCAAUACUAGAAAUAGUGAUAUGGUAGUGCAUGUACUUGAAUGCAGGCACACAUUUGUAAUAAAAAAGACAUUACUAAUUCAUUGUAAAUGUGAGAAAUUAAUUUGUGGUUAAGAGUAGCUGCCCCUUUUAUAAUGUCCAGGCUGAAGUUACAUAUGCAUCAGUCUUCAUUGUUUUAAGGAACAGUGAGUUGCAGGAUGUAUUAUAAGAGGAACAAAGUUCUGUUUAUUCUGAUGUUCUUGGGAUUCAGGCAUCAAAUAAUAUAAAAAGUAAUGAUAUCAGUGUAGAAGUAAUAACAUUAUAAAAGAAAUAUUAAUUUUAGUGUGCACAAUUUUAUAUAAUAGUUUCUUGAAUAAUGUAUAUGAAUUUGUUAGUUUAGUCAUUAGCAAAAACGUCUCUUCUUUAAGUGGCCUACUGCUCAAUUAAAUUUGGUCCAUCUAGUUUUGGUUAUCUUUUGAGAUUAAAGUGUGUAGCAGACUAGUAUGUUUGCAGAAGAAUCAAAAGGCAUAACUACUGUUACAGUCUAGGCACACGAUAAAUGUAUGGCUUCUAAGCCCCAAGUUCAGUAAGACAAUCUCUAGGGUACCAGAAAUGGCUUUUCAGAAAGGCAUUUACUUUGUGGAAUGUUGUGAUGCAAAAUUCCUGAUGAGCUGGUUAGUCUGCUUGUGGAGAGAUUCAAGGAAGCACUUGAUGUGAUCACCAUACAUGUUGACAGAAUUAUUCAACAUUAAAGCUAUCUGUUGUAUGAAGAAAUAAUUAAAAAUAAAACUUGCUCUGAUGCAAAAAGACAA